CCCACCCAGGGCCCGGAUGAAGAGUAACGCCAUUACCGCCGGAGCCUGAGAGCGCUCGCGGACGGCUAGUGGACAGUGGUCGGCUGCACCAUGAGACUCCUCCCUCGCCUUCUUCUGGUUCUCCUGCUCGUGUUCCCCGCCACUUUCGUACUCAGAGGCGGCCCUGGAGGCUCAUUAGCAGUGGCUCAAGAUCUUACAGAGGAUGAGGAAACAGUAGAAGAUUCAGUAAUCGAAGAUGAAGAUGAUGAAGCUGAGGUGGAAGAAGAUGAACCCACAGAUUUGGCAGAAGAUAAAGAGGAAGAAGAUUUAUCUGGCGAACCUGAAGCUUCACCAAGUGCAGAUACAACUAUCUUAUUUGUAAAAGGAGAAGAUUUUCCAGCAAAUAACAUUGUGAAGUUCCUGGUAGGCUUUACAAACAAGGGUACAGAGGACUUUGUGGUUGAAUCUCUAGAUGCCUCGUUCCGCUAUCCUCAGGACUACCAGUUUUAUAUCCAGAAUUUCACAGCUCUUCCUCUGAACACUGUCGUGCCACCCCAGAGACAGGCAACCUUUGAGUACUCCUUCAUUCCUGCAGAGCCCAUGGGUGGACGACCCUUUGGUCUGGUCAUCAAUCUGAACUACAAAGAUUUGACUGGCAAUGUAUUCCAAGAUGCUGUCUUCAAUCAAACAGUUACAAUCAUUGAAAGAGAGGAUGGGUUAGAUGGAGAAACAAUAUUUAUGUACAUGUUCCUUGCUGGUCUUGGGCUGCUGGUUGUUGUUGGCCUUCAUCAACUCCUAGAAUCUAGAAAGCGCAAGAGACCCAUACAGAAAGUAGAAAUGGGUACGUCAAGUCAGAAUGAUGUUGAUAUGAGUUGGAUUCCUCAGGAAACUUUGAAUCAGAUCAAUAAAGCAUCACCAAGAAGGUUGCCCAGGAAGCGGGCACAGAAGAGAUCGGUGGGAUCUGAUGAGUAAAUGUUCCUUUGUGCGACCGUUCAGUCUUUACUUAACCUGCCCUAAUGUUUUUCGGCCUGAUGGGAAUUAGUGCAGCGAAGCCAUAUCACCACAGAAGGCACCUGCUACUUCUGUGUGGACUGAGCAAUCAGAGUCUGUGGCGAUAAUAUUGCUGAAAGUGCACUGCAUUCAUUUUUCUGAAGUAACAAAUUUGGUUUUUUUAAAACCAUUAAAAUCUAUGUGUGUGCGUGUGAAUGUAUGUGAGCAGUUGGUCUUAACCAGAAUCGUUGUUGAACUCCUUGAAUGCCUUUAGAAUACUCAGCAUAAUGCUGUUGUCUCGUCCUUAUUGACAUUUUCUGAUAUUCCCUCCCCACCAAACUCAGUGACUAUUUGCCCAGUAUGAUCAUAGAUGUCAUUCUUUAGACUGUUUUAAAGAAAAUAAUGUAUUUCUUCUUCAGAAUAGUUCACAUCCCCAUUGAUGGCACCAGAUAGCAUUCUGUUGUCAUUGUGGCUGUUUCACAAGUAGUAUUCUAAAGGCGCAGGCAGGAGUAGCUACUUUUUAGCAAUAGGGUUGUUUUGGUAUUUUGCUGCUGUUUACUAUAAUGCGCACAUUCAGAAAACGUCGCAAAUGAGCUCAAGGAAUUUGGGGACCUUUAGCAACAAAAUUGUGAAACAUGAAAAUUCAGCUGACUUUGAUAUCUAAAACUCAACCCCACCCUCCUUUUUUAACAAAAGGAAAAUAGUACCUGUGCAGACUGAGUGGUGUUGUCCAUCGUUGUUCUGGUUUUGACCCAGAGGAUAGCUCUGAAAUGAUGGCAGACCUACGUAGUGUUUUUUUAAAGAGACAAGUUUUCUCUCCCUGUUAGAAACCUUGCUUUUAAAAAAUCGCAGUGGUCUACAGACUAAGCAGAAUGUCAAGUUACAAGGCUAAAGAUAUAUUCCAACUAAUUCUAAUCUAGAAAGGCAAUGACUUUGAUUUUUUUUGUUGUUGUUGUUAACUAAUUGUUUUUAUCUAAUCCUUUGGGUAUUUCAGGUGUGGCAUGAACUUUUUUUAGUUCAUCUGAAAAAUUCUAAAAAUGUAAGCACUUAAGAUCCUCAGAAUCAGAAUUAAAUUGAACUCCAUAAAAUCCUCUUAGAGUUAUACUCUUGCUGUGGGUGGUAAAUUGUUUACUCUGAAUAAAGGAUUAAGUAAAAUAGUAAGAACAAAGAAGAGGGAAAAACCCUCUGUCUUUAAGCCAUAUUCUCUCACAUAUAUUUUUAAGGAAAUGUGUCUGUUGAAUUCCUGACCUGUUUAUUCUCCUUCUCCCUGUAAUCCCCACCUAUCUGAGCCAGAGCCAAUGACGAUAGAAUAGAAAUUAUUCCAUGGUUCUUAAUCACUUUGCAAGGAGGGGCUGAGACGUCAAAUUACCUAUAUUGACAUUGCUAGACUGUUAACUGUCUAUACCCGUAUAUGAAGUGUUUGAGUUUUUAACUGGGCUCUGUGAUCAGUGGUUCAUUUUGAAAAAGCUUUUUGAGCUGUAAGAAAUUGCAUGGCUUGUUUAAUGCAAUGUGAGACCCUCCACUUUCUCAAGGAAUGUAUUCUAAAAUAUUUUUGUAGAUGUCCAAAUUGGUGAAACUACUAGGAUGUGAUGCAGAGACGUAUAUAAUUACAAAAUGUAAAUGGCCUCUAGAGAGUUUUAUUGACUACCUGGUAGCAAGCAGGCAAUGGCCAAGCCACACUGAGUUACAGCCACCAGCCCCUCUCCUCUGUGAGCCUUACGUGGCAGCCCUUCCACCUCUGAGGCUCAGACCAGUGCCUCAGACAUGUAGAAUUUAUCACCUCUCUCAUUCUCUUUUUUUUUUUUUUUUUUAAGUAUAGAUUGGGAACAGUUGAAAACUCUUAAAUCUACAGAUGCCGGGAGUCUACUGUAGCAUCAAUAAGUAGUUAGCAGAAACUAACUCCAUAAUGAAUGGAAUUUAGUUCCACACAUGGUUUGUUCAAGCACACUUAUAAGUAGCCUGUUUUUUAAUGACUUUUUAAAAUGUAAAUAUUUGAAUGAAUUUUUUGUUUGUUUUGAUAUAUUCUUCUGCUAUACCACCAUGGUUUCAGAAUUCAUCUUUUGAGCGGGUUGGUUUCAUAAUCUGUAAAAUGAACCUAAGGAUCUUGUGUAUCAUACGUGUUUCUCUGAUAUGUGAGGAUAAUGUUUUCAUAAAGCAUGGAUCUGUCCUGGUUGUGUAGCUUCAUUACUCACGGUGGUCGGUCUUACACAGCAAGUGGCUUUUAAGACUGGUCCUGCCCCCUCGUACUGUCUCAGGAGGGGGAAUGGGAAAAAAUGGGACCUCAAACUUAGAAACCUAAGGAAACGUAGAAAUCAGAAGGAAAGGAACAUUAAAUUGACUUUAAUGAGAUCUUCUAUCUUAAAUUCAGAAAAUAAUGACUUUGAUAGGAGGGAAAGGCAAAUUUAAUCCUUACAGAAAAUAUUUAAAAGCAGGUGCCUAAAAGGCCUAUUUGCAGUGAAGUAAACUGAAAUUGUAUUUUGGCUCUUGGGGAAAGGAGGGACAGUGAUGUGCACUGAAGCCUUUAAGUGGUUUGUGUUAUUUUAGUGGCACAGUAAAUGAAUGUAAUAAUAUGUAAGGCCCCUUAUAGCGUUCAUCUUUUCUAGUACAGUGAUCUCCAUACCCUUGGUAUAAAGGAAAAUGUUCCUGGUUAGUGCGUUUGAAUAGUGAAAUAAUUUAAGUAAUUUACCACAGCUUUGGGUGGCAUCAUUUAUACCUGUAGAGCUAAAAUCAGUGUAUUUGCUCUACUUUUAUUGAAUAAAACCCUGCUUUGAA